AUGACCUUUCCACCUCCGUACCGAAAAUCAAGUGACCGCGUGCAAGUGGCUGUGAAUCCUUCCCCUCUGGAGCUCGAACGAGCCAGUCCAACUGGUUUUGUUCAAAAACCUAAGCAAAGUUCGGGACCCGCUUCGUCUGGGCCGAUAUCGCCUAUUCCACCUGUCAUCCUUUUUUUAAAACCUUGUCAUGAGCGAGCGCCUACGGAUCCGUCUUUCGUCAUAGAAAUCCAGGCAGGCAUACCAUCGACUCCGAUUCGCUAUGUUCCAUCGACAAUCACCUUCCGGGACCUACAGUCAUUAACUUCAUUAGAUGAUGUUCCGAAUCUGAAUAGGGCGGAGGAGCUGAAGGACGGUGCAUACAUUGAUUCCACUGCUGAGGCCUUCAACGAAAACCCUCAUGCAAGUAUCUUCUCAGGCCAAGAAGGAAUCGUCGAAUCACUUCGCAAUCUAUACCACCACUGCUGA